AUGACUUCGGUAAUCAGCUCUUUGCGCAAGCAAAUUGCGUCGUGCGAAGCUACAUUACAGGAUCUACGUCAACAACUGGCGGAGGCUGAGCACAACCAACGCGGAAUAGCCAAAGUUGUGCCCCAAAAAAGACCGCUAGCUACUGAUCCGACCAACCCUCUGGAUCAUGAUAUGAAUUUUGGAGUACCUGAUUUAUUCCGCGAGGAGAUUUUAGCAAUUUUAAAGCAAGAGCAGGAGGCCCCGCAACAUAGUGUAUUGGAGGUAUCUGAGGAAGUGUCAAAAUGGCCGCUUGAGAAAAAUGAGUACAAGAGAUAUGGGAGGCAGCUAAUCAUGCCAGAGAUCGGACUGAAAGGUCAACUUCGCUUGAGGGAUGCUCGUGUACUUAUCGUAGGUGUGGGUGGUCUUGGCUGCCCAGCUGCUGCAUAUUUGGUCGGAGCAGGCGUCGGUAUUGUAGGACUAGUUGAUGGCGAUGUGGUUGAAGAAUCGAACCUACACCGACAGAUCCUACAUUCAACUGCAAGAGUCGGAAUGACCAAAGUUGAGAGUGCCAUGGUGGCUUUGAAGUCGCUUAAUCCUAAUGUCACACUAAUUCCUCAUGCAUCCCGACUCAGUCCAGAGACUGCCAUUUCGACGUUCAAGAGAUACGAUUUGGUCCUGGAUUGCACAGAUACCCCUGCAUCGCGCUAUCUGAUCUCCGAUGCGUGCGUUCUUCUGCGCAAGACUCUUGUUUCAGCGUCAGCACUUCGCAUAGAUGGCCAGAUGAUGGUGUUGAAUAAUCCACCGUUGCCACCGGGUGAUCCGAAUGGAGGCCCCUGCUAUCGCUGUGUCUUCCCGAAACCCCCACCACCCGAAUCCGUCGUAUCAUGUGGCGACGGUGGUAUUCUGGGACCUGUCGUUGGCGUAAUGGGCGUCUUACAAGCACUGGAAGCGAUCAAAGUCCUGACCCAAAGACCUACUACCAUGCCUGCAGACCCACCAAGCCUGCUCUUAUUCUCGGCCUAUUCAAACCCUAUGUACCGCUCCAUACGCCUCAGGGGCCGAAAAGCCAAAUGCGCUGCCUGUUCAUCACAUUCAACAAUUAGUGAAGAGGCACUAGAGUCUGGAAGUUUGGACUACGUUCAGUUCUGUGGCGGUCUACUUCCGGAUACCAAUCCGUUAGCCCCAGAGGAACGCAUAUCUGCAAAGAAUUACGCGCAGAUACGAUCCGGCGUCAACCCUUUCACGGGUACAGUGUCAAACAAAGACAGUCACCUCCUUGUUGACGUACGCGAACGAGUCCAGUUUGAGCUGUGUAAUAUUGAUGGCAGUAUAAAUGUGCCUUUCUCUACGGUUUCAGCUACGCGAGGACCUGAUUCUGCCACCGAAGAGGAGACUUGGACCAAGAUGUUACGGCAGUCAGAGAAGCCUAUAUUCGUGGUAUGUCGACUAGGCAACGAUUCACAGACCACGGUCAAAAAGAUGAAGGAGCUUGGGCUUGAUGCGGGAGGGAAAAGAUAUAUUGGUGAUAUUAAAGGAGGUCUACAGGCCUGGAGGAAUACUGUUGAUACUGACUUCCCUGAUUACUAA